AUGUCUGAAGAGAAUUUGAGGCCUGCCUAUGACGAUCAAGUUAAUGAGGAUGUCUACAAGAGAGGCGCUCAGAGCAAAUUGACCAAAGCUCGUAAGGCAGACUUCGACGAUGAAAAGGACAAAAAAAAGGAUAAUGACAAACACAUAGAUAAAAGACCAAAAAGCGGUCCUCGUUUGGAUGAAAAUGGCAAUCCACUUCCCAAGGAGCCUCGUCUCCCAAAGAGAAAGGUGGCUGUUAUGGUUGGUUACUGUGGUACUGGCUACCAUGGUAUGCAAUAUAAUCCACCAAAUCCAACCAUCGAGUCUGCCCUAUUCAAAGCAUUUGUUGAAGCAGGUGCUAUUUCCAAGGACAACUCCAACGAUUUGAAAAAGAAUGGAUUCAUGAGAGCUGCAAGAACUGAUAAGGGUGUCCAUGCUGGAGGUAAUUUAAUAUCAUUGAAAAUGAUUAUUGAAGAUCCUGAUAUCAAGCAGAAGAUCAACGAAAAGUUACCGGAAGGGAUAAGGGUAUGGGAUAUCGAGCGUGUGAACAAGGCGUUUGAUUGUAGAAAAAUGUGCAGUUCACGUUGGUACGAAUACUUAUUACCAACUUAUUCACUCAUUGGCCCCAAACCUGGUUCUAUACUUUAUAGAGACAUCGAAGAAAGUAAAACAGAAUUACCUGGUGUAUUAGAUGAAGAUUUGGAAUCCAAAGAAUUUUGGGAAGAGUUUAAAAAAGAUGCGAAUGAAAAAUUUUCAACAGAAGAAAUCGAAGCUAUAUUAGCAUAUGUUCCGCCCGCAAGAGAUGAAUUUGAUAUAAAUGAAGAACUAUACCAGAAGGUAAAAAAGUACAAGCAAUUAGAAAAUGCUCACCGUAGAAGAUAUCGUAUAUCCGCGGCAAAACUGGCCAAAUUCCGUGCUUCUACAAGUCAAUACCUUGGCGCUCAUAACUUCCAUAAUUUUACAUUAGGCAAGGACUUCAAAGAACCAAGUGCCAUUCGAUUUAUGAAAGAUAUAAAAGUAUCUGAUCCAUUUGUUAUUGGCGAUGCCCAAACAGAAUGGAUUUCCAUCAAGAUUCACGGCCAGUCUUUCAUGCUACAUCAAAUUCGUAAGAUGGUAUCAAUGGCAACCUUAAUUACCCGUUGUGGUUGCCCCGUCGAACGCAUUAGUCAGGCUUACGGACAGCAGAAGAUUAAUAUUCCGAAGGCACCUGCAUUAGGAUUAUUGUUAGAAGCUCCAGUAUUUGAAGGUUAUAAUAAAAGACUAGAACAGUUUGGUUACAAGGCGAUCGAUUUUUCCAAAUAUCAAGACGAAGUGGAUAAGUUCAAAAUGAAGCAUAUCUACGAUAAGAUCUACAAGGAAGAGGUGGACGAAAAUGUUUUUAAUGCGUUCUUUAGUUAUAUUGAUAGUUUCAACAAGGUUACUGGAGCACAGGGAGAAGAAACUGCCGAUAAAUCGGGACCUGCUGUGCAAAAGAGUAUCUUCGAAUUCUUGACAGCUAAGGGUAUCCCAGGUCUUACUGAUGCGCCCGAGAGCAAUAAGAAGAUUAAGCAAAGAAAAAGAAUGGAAGAGGAGGAAGCUGCUAGUAAAAAGGCUGAAAUAUCCAGCACCACUCAGAGCAACGAACCUGAAGUACAACCGGAAGCGGCAGCUAAUUAG